AUGGCUUUUACAGCCCGGAUGAGAGAGAUUGUCCCAGGUCUUUUCCUUGGUAAUGUCAAGGCUUCAUACGACCGAGAAAUGCUUCAAGAAAAUUGUAUCAAUGCUAUAGUCUCACUGACUGAUGCUCGGUGGGUCUGGUGGAAUAGCGCUACAAGAGAAGCAGGGAUUCCAGAAGAUCGACACAAAUGGGUUCAGUGCGCAGAUUCUUCAACUCAAGACCUCCUUGCUCAUAUGAGCGACAUCUGCGACUUCAUCGAUCAGAUGGCUUCUCCAGCCUUACAGUCAUCCUCUACUUUACCUGUCAAACACGAGCAUGAAUUGAGUGGCAACCCGCGAGACGCACACCCAGGGGCUGUAUUCAUCCACUGUGAUCUGGGAAUAUCACGUUCCCCAACUAUCAUCAUUGCAUAUCUCAUGCGCAAAUACCGUGCCAAGCGAGAGGAAGUUUUUACAUACAUUCAAUUCAAGCAGAAAGUCAAGCCAAACGCAAAUUUUAUCCGGCAGCUUGAAGUCUGGGAGCAGGUGGAAUAUCAAGUGUGGGAUGAUGAACAGAGAACAGUCCCGAAAGCAUUAUAUCAAGCAUUUCUGGAUAACCGAGCAGGUAUUCUUAAAAGCAAGGGGCUUACAGGAAAUGAGCCUCUCGCUCCCCAGAACCUUUAG